AUGCGGAAAAGAGACGUCUUGCUCACCAAUGUCACCGUGGUCCAUCUGUUACGACCACCUUGCCGGGUACAGAGACCACCCCCAGUAAUCAGAUCACCACCCCCAUGUCCUCCGGCACCCAAGAUUGAGCCUCCCUCCCCUUCACCGGAACCUGAACCAGAGCCAGAACCAGAGCCAAAGCCUGUCAUCAAGAAGGAGAUUCCCCCAUCUCCUCCACCGCCACCCCCUCCACCGCCACCCCCUCCGCCUCCACCACCUCCUCCCAAGAACCUGACUAUUGGCAUCAAUGGAUUUGGACGCAUUGGUCGCCUGGUCCUACGUGCUUGUCUGGAGAAGGGCGUGAAGGUGGUGGCUGUGAAUGACCCAUUCAUUGACCCAGAAUAUAUGGUGUACAUGUUCAAGUAUGACUCAACCCACCGCCAGUACAAGGGAAAUGUGCAGUACAAGAACGGGUAUCUGGUCGUGGAUGGUAUGGAGAUCACUGUCUUCCAGAGCAUGAAGCCCGGUGACAUACCCUGGAAGUCUGUUGGGAGCCCCUAUGUGGUGGAGUCUACAGGCGUGUACCUGAGCUUAAAAGAUGCUUCAGAACACCUCAAUGGAGGUGCCCAGAGAGUGGUCAUCAGUGCUCCCUCCCCAGAUGCACCCACAUUUGUCAUGGGGGUGAAUGAAAAGGAGUAUGAUCCGAGUUCCAUGAAAAUUGUCAGCAACGCCUCCUGUACCACCAACUGCCUGGCUCCCCUCAGCAAGGUCAUUCACGAGAAAUUUGGGAUCGUAGAAGGGCUGAUGACCACAAUUCAUUCCUACACCGCCACCCAGAAGACUGUGGACGGCCCAUCGAAGAAGGCCUGGCGCGAUGGCCGGGGGGCCCACCAGAACAUCAUUCCAGCCUCCACAGGGGCUGCUAAGGCUGUUGGCAAAGUCAUCCCUGAGCUCAAAGGAAAGUUGACAGGAAUGGCAUUUCGAGUGCCAACACCAGACGUGUCAGUUGUGGACCUGACCUGUCGCCUGGCCCAGCCAGCCUCUUUAUCCGCCAUCAAGGAUUCCAUACGCUCAGCAGCCAAUGGGCCAUUGGCUGGCAUCCUUGACUACACAGAAGAUGAGGUAGUAUCCACGGACUUUCUCGGCGACACUCACUCAUCCAUUUUCGAUGCUAACGCUAGCAUGGCUCUCAACGACAAUUUCGUGAAGCUCAUUUCCUGGUACGACAACGAAUAUGGCUACAGUCACCGGGUGGUCGAUCUUAUCAUGUACAUGUUUAAGAAAGACAAGUGA